CCACAGUCCACUUUGAUCAGCCGUCCACUCUGCAAUCGCCUGUUUCCGUUUGUCAGGAUGUUUGCGCUAUUAAAGACGCCCCCCUCCACGGGUUCGUCUGCACAAUGGCAUUGUAGUUGCCGCUCUUCACCAUGGCCCCUCUUGCCCUGGCCGUGCUCCUUGCAUUGUCAUGCGUGGUCUACCUGCUGGGCCUGGGCCUUUAUCGCCUCUUUCUGCACCCUCUGGCGGGGUUUCCCGGCCCCCGGUAUGCUGCUCUGAGUCGCUGGCAUGAAUGCUACUACGACGUCUACCUGCAGGGCAAGUUCAUCUUCUGGAUCAAAGAGCAACACGAGCGAUAUGGCCCGAUCGUUCGCAUUACCCCUGAUGAACUCCAUGUCCUCGACGCCGACCUGUGGGAAUCCGUCUUUACCAAGGCAGGCAGGGUCGAUAAGUAUAGCUGGAUGUCGAAUCGAUUUGGCAAUGACACAUCCGUCUUGACCACCGCCCCCGACAGCCUGCAUCGUAUACGACGGGGCGCUCUCAACCCGUUCUUCUCUCGACAGCGUGUCCUCGGGCUACAGGAUGUUAUCCGCCAGAAACUCGAUAUCCUGCUGAAGAAAGUCAAGGAGUGUCAAGGCCUUGAUGCGCCAAUACCGAUCCACCGCGGAUACAUGGCCUUUAGUGAGGAUAUUAUCAUGCAGUACUGCUUUGGCCAUGACUAUGCCUCGCUGAAGAAACCGGGCUGGACUCCGAUUCUGCACGAUGCCUUUGCUGGUGUAAGCAUUGCCGGUAACAUGGCUCUUCAGUUUCCACUGAUACCAAAGUUCAUGAACGCGCUGCCGUAUUCUUGGCUUGAGAAACUGGAGCCAAUGUACGCUUUGAUCUUUCGCAUGCAGAGGGACUUCGGGACCCAGAUCCGCGAUAUCAAGGCUUCUCAAGAAUCUACAGAAGCCAAGAAGCCAACUGUAUUAUCGGAUCUGAUUAACGGCAGCCUCCCUGCGACCGAAAAAGCCGACCGCCGACUGCAGGACGAAGCCCAGCUCAUUAUCGGCGCCGGGCUCGCGACAACUGGAUGGACGCUGAGCGUGGGGACCUUCUACCUGCUGGCCAACCCCAAGGUCCUGUCUCGUUUGCAGGAUGAACUUAGCAAUGCCAUUCCAGACGCCAGUGUUGAAAAUAUCAGUUCAAGUCUCGAGUUGACUGAGCUGGAGAAGCUCCCCUAUCUAACAGCCGUAAUUAAAGAAGCAGUCCGACUAUCCUACUCAACGACGUCGCGUAAUGUGCGUCUUCUGCCGAAGCCGAUCGAGUUUAAUAACCGGGUUAUCCCAGCACGCACCCCCAUCUCCAUGACAAUCCCGUUCUUGAACUGGGACGAAGAGAUCUUCCCGGACGCGAAGUCAUUCAUACCAGAGCGAUGGCUGGACUCGCCGCGCACAAAAAACGGGUCGCCCCUGGAGCGCUACUUUGUCGGGUUUGGAAAGGGGACGAGAUCGUGUCUUGGGAUUAACCUUGCGUGGUGUGAACUCUACCUAAUAUUCGCCUCGUUCUUCCGACUAUUCAACUUCGAGCUGUAUGACACUGAUAUCUCGGAUGUGGAGCUUGCCCAUGACUUCUUCCUGCCGUUUCCGAAGCUGGAUUCGAAGGGCAUCAGGGUAUUCGUCAAGGCGGAAUAAAUUAUCAUCAUAAUGUAUACUUAAUGACCUUUGUAUCUCUCUUUGACUCCAGUGCUGGGAGAUCAGAAUGUUUAUACCAGGGGUCUGUUGAAUUUUAAUACCAGCCAUAUGUAUCUACCGGAUCUCCAUAAUGCGAGCAAUAAUUGAAAUUAUAUACAUCUACUCAACAUCCUCA